AUGUCUUUUAUAGGAAAUUUACCUAUCUUUGACUAUAAAAACUGUGAGUGGUCUAUUUUUAUAGGUAGAUUGACUCAGUUUUUAAAAGUGAAUAAUGUGAAGGAGGGCAAUAAAUCUGCAAUACUGAUUACGCAUUUAUCAGACAACUCAUACCGUCUCGUGCGUAACCUAGCUUACCCUGAAGAAUCGGAGGAACUGAGUUUUGUACAACUGGUGGUGUUACUCGACAGCCAUUUUAAACCGAAACAGUGUUCAUUUGCUGACAGAGCAAAAUUUUACGGCGCCACAAGAAAUUGCGGCGAGUCGCUGGGGGACUGGGCAGCACGACUAAGAGGAUUAGCAAGUUACUGCGACUUCGGUGUUGCCCUGGACACAAACCUUAUGGACCGGUUCGUCCUAGGCCUGGGGUCAGGCCCCGAGCGUGACAAGUUGUUUGAACAAAAUGUUUCCGAGUUGAAGUUAGCUCGUGCUAUAGAAAUAGCGGAAAAGGCAGAAUGUGCUAGAGAUGCGAAGUUCCUAGUAUCAGACUCAGUGGCUGUAAAAGAAGAAGUCAUAUAUAAACUAUCGCACAGCUCGACAGGUAGAAAAAAUGGCGGCGAAAACAGUGGCGGCAGUAAAUAUGGCGGCGGGAUGAAUUCACGAAUGGCGUGUGCAUCACAAGCGGGCCGCGAUCAACAUAAGUAUUUACGCGAUUUACAUUGUUUAGUGUGUGGUUUAAAAAACCACAGCGAAGAUAAGUGCCGUUAUAAAAACAACAAGUGCCAAAAGUGCGGUAAAAAAGGGCAUGUAAAAAAAAUGUGUAAUAAAAAAAAUAAAAGUGUUUAUGUAAACCAAAUCGAAAACGAAAAUAAUGAUACGGAUAGUGAUACCGGAUGUGGCGAGUGCCAUAACUUUAAUUUAAGGUAUGUAAUUAAUAAUAAGCCGAUCCAGAUAGAUUUAUUAUUAAGUAACAAAAUGGUGACUAUGGAGUUAGACUCGGGGUCGGCUCGUACCACACCCUUUGCCUUAAAAGAUAAGGUGGAAGCGGAAUUAAAUAGACUUGUAAAAUUAGGUAUAUUAGUUCCAGUAAAUAAUUCUAAUUAUGCAUCGCCUAUAGUACCGGUGUUGAAGAACGACGGUACAGUGAAAAUUACCGGUGAUUACUCUAUUACACUCAAUAAAGAUUUAAUCAUUGAUAAAUAUCCUUUACCGAGGAUUGAGGUGUUUGCAAAACUAGGUGGGGGUGAACAAUACUCCAAAAUUGACCUAAAAAACGCAUAUAAUCAAUUUAUCUUGUCCGACGACUCACAAGUAUUAACAACCAUAAAUACACCGAAAGGGCUAUUUAAGUAUACGCGUCUCGUCUACGGUCUCGCUAAUGCACCUGCUGUAUUCCAAAAAUCAAUGGAAAUAUUGCUGUCAGGCAUAGAUGGUAUCAGUAAAUGGUUAGAUGACAUCUGUAUAACAGCUCCCACCAGAGAAAAACAUUUAGAAAGUCCUGAAAAAGUAAAAGCUAUAAUGAACGACCCAGAACCCACUAAUGUCACAGAAGUAAAAAGGUUCUUAGGUAUAGUCAAUUACUAUAGAAAUUUUAUACGGAACGCGUCGAGUAUAAUGAGCCCACUUCACGAGUUGUUAAGAGAUGGCACUAGGUGGGAGUGGGGCGAGCGGCAGUGGCGCGCCGUGCGCCGCGUACGCGCUGAACUUGCAUCGGAACGGGUGCUGGCGCACUUUGAUCCCGAGGCGCGGCUUGUACUACCGUAG